AUGGCAUCUGCAAACCUCAAUGCCGCUGACCUCUUCAGCGUUAAGGGCCUCGUUGCCGUUGUAACCGGUGGGGGUACUGGUAUCGGCCUUAUGAUUGCCCAGGGUCUUGAAGCAAACGGUGCAAUUGUAUACAUAAUUGGUCGUCGGAAGGAAAUCUUGGAAAAAGCAGCUAGCACCGCCAAGCACGGCAAUAUUCGCAUUAUUCAAGGCGACAUCACCCACAAGGCCGAUCUUGAGCAAGCCGUCGCUGAGAUCAAACAGGCUCAUGGAUAUGUCAACGUUGUUAUCGCCAACUCUGGAAUAUCAGGCCCAGCUCUGAAGGGCCUUCCCCCGAACCCAACUGUCGCUCAAUACCGCGACUUCGUGUUUGGUUGGGACCAGAAAGACUUCACGGAGACUUUCGCUGUUAACACCACUGGUGUAUUCUUCACCGUAGCGGCAUUCCUCGAACUACUUGAUGAAGGUAACAGGCGCGGCAAUUUUAAGCAAAGGAGUCAAGUGAUUGCAACAAGCAGCAUUGGCGCCUACAACCGCCAACCAAUGGGAUUCGCCUACGGAGCAUCGAAGGCAGCCGUAGUACACAUGUUCAAGCAAUUGUAG